AUGUCAUUCGAUAGCUUCGAGCCAAGCUCUCCAGAAGCGAGCUCUCCGGAAUCGGGAUCUCCAGAACCCACCUUUCCCGCACAGCAAAGUUUGGUCUACGGAACCGCGUGCGCCGUCUGUGGUAGUAAGAAAAUCGCAUUCAAUUAUGGAGUUAUCUGCUGCAACUCAUGCAAGAUGUUCUUCAGUCGAGCCAUGAAAACUCCAAUAGCAAUUUCUUGCAAAAGACAAUGGAAUUGCAAUUUCAGUGGUGUUGAGAAAUGCCGCUACUGUCGUCUUCAUCGAUGCUUGCUAACUGGAAUGAGAUGUUUCAAAAGUGUGGAUGGUCCGGAUACAGCGAGAAUCAUAGUGAAUUUGAUGAUUAAGGAUCAGGAAAGAAAGAACAAUUUGUUGAAUUCCAAGAUUCCAUCAAAUCUCACAGCGACCGAAAUGUUUGAGAGAAAACUGACUGUGUUUGAGCCAAAAGCGCCAGGUACCGAAUUCGAUUUCUAUGAUUGGGGAGUGAUGAACCAUCUAUCUUGUAUCGCCUUUGCAACCAAAUUCCGUUUCAUGAUGUAUCUCUCACCAGCUGAUGUCAAGGUGCUGUUCAAGUACUCUCACCUCAUGUACAUGAUUCUGGUCACUGCCAUGCGUUCCUACUCUGCAGGACUUGAAGUAAUGUGCCAUCCAGAUGGAUCUGAUGUGUUUCCAAAAGAAGUCAAUGGUUAUAACAACGAAUUUCUGAAAGGUAUCAAAGGCAAUUUGAUUGGUCGAAUGAGAGAAUUGCGUGUGACAGAAGAGGAGCUUCUCUUGUUGGGAGCAAUCAUUCUCUGCAAUCCUGCAGUCACAGACAUGUCUCAAUCUGGACGAAUCCUCCUUGCUGCACAUCGAGAUUCAUAUGGACAAGCGCUUCUCCAGAAUUGUAAUGUACAUUCCUAUGGACCAUCCCGAUUCCCUGAAAUCCUCUCUCUUACUUCAAUUAUCAUCAAGACCCAACAAGAUAUCCAUCAUUUUUCGUCUCUAUACCCAAUCGUUCAUCCUCAGCAAGUCAAGAAAAAUCUCUUCACAGAUAUUCUGGAUUUUUUGCGCAGUGAAAAUUGA